AGCCUGGACCGUGUGACUGUGAACUAGUUACUGUUAGCCCGUUUCGGAUCAACAUCCGCGUAUCAAUCAAAAAGCGUCCAGAUGCGUCUCCAUAAAGUCGCGUUGAGCCUUUGGAUUGUUGCGGUUGCCAAUGCAUACGUAGCUCGGUCCCUUGCCACUACGCUUCCGCUCGCGUACGCAUGGCAUUCGAAAAUACCACGGCACCGGAGAUGGACUCAUUCCCAUCCCCUUCCAUCGUCCACGUCGCUUUUGGCUACACCACAAAGGCCGAAUGCGAAUAAGGAAAGUGCGAGUAUCAAUCCAAAACCUCCGUCCUAUCCGCCACCGACCGUGCACGUGGAAGAAUCCGGCGUGAACGGAACCGACCAACCAGAACCUGACGCUCAGGAAAUGUCUCCGUCCAUCCCUUCGCUAGCCUUGCGGGCCGAAUUGGAUCGUGAUUUCCAAGAAUUGGAAAAGGAAGCACGUGAAAAAGACAACGCCAUCGAACUCCUCGAAGAAAAGGUCACGCAACUUCAGCAAGAAGUCCAGUCUCGUGAAAAUGAGCUCAACUCCAAAUUGACGACCUGGGGACAGGAAAAAAACUCACUCAUGGCCAGGAUUACUGAAUUCGCUGGCCUAUUGCAGCAAAAAGAAGAGGACGAUGAAGACGAGCGCUACAAAAAGGAGCGUCUAGAAACGGAAAAGCAGUUGCUGCAGGAACAAAUCACUCGCGUACAAAAUCUCCUCAAACGCGAACAAACGGCCGCGGAAGAACUCAAGGAUCGGCUCGCCGAUGUCAACGACGCAAUGGAGUUCCAACAAAUGGAGUUUGACAAAGACAAAAAAGGUUUCAUGGAUCAAGUCGAAGAAGAAAGAUUAAAACUGAUAUCUAUUCAAAACAAAUGGAAGGCCGAUAAAGAACGCUUCGAGGUAGAGAAAUCUGAACUUGGCAAACAGCUAGACACAGAACGUAAGCGAUUAGAAGAAGCCCAGACGCGGUGGGAGGACAAUCAGCAACGGUACGAAAGUCAACGUGUUGCUUUAAUGGACGAUCUGACCGUCCAGCGUGAGCGCUUAGCGCAAUCGAAGAAGGACCUUGCCACAAACAAAGCCCAGCAAGAAUCAGAGCGCAACGAAUUAUCUAAAAUCAUUGCGACGGAACAAAGAAGACUCAAAGAGGCCGAAGCAGCGUUCGCGGAAGAAAAGACUCGUUUCGAUGAGGCCAAGGAGGAACUCUCUCGGACUAUUCGAGAUGAGCAGGAAGUGGUAGCGAAGCUUGCGAAAGCCUUGACAGAUCAGCAACGACAGUACGAAUUGGAAAAAGACAAUCUAGAAGUCGCCUUGGGGAUUGAGCAAAAGCGACUCUCCAAUAUGGAAACUCAAAUGAAGGAGGAAAAGGCUAGUUUUGCAGUUGAGCGAGCAGCUUUGGAAGCGCGUAUAGAAGAUGAAGUCCGAUUGCGCAAAUUAAAGAAGAAGCAAAUGAAUGAACGGUAUGAUACAAUCCGCACCGAAAUGACAGAAUUAUGGAUGGGAGCUAAGCGUGACGCUCGCCGAGAAAAAAAGGAACUCACGGAAAAGUACGAGAGAGUCCUCAAUGCCAUGACGAACGAAAUGGAAAGUCUUGAAGCUGAGGUGCAGAGCGUAGGAGAAUCGAGUCAGAAACUCGCAGAGCUAUUGACGAAGGCCAAACAGGAAAAGGCUCGCGCUGAAAUGGAAACAGGCAUGGUGGAAGAUCGCUAUAUUAAGAUGGUGGCCCAACGAAAUCGUGAAAUCAAUGAUCUCAAGGAAAAUAUUAGGGGCCUUUCGAGUUCUGUCCGGGCACGAGAAGCUCGAAUAAGCAACUUCGAGUCUAGCUACAAGGAGGUUGCUAGCUUGGCCGCUAGAGUCACAAGCAACAAAGUUAAGCAAUCGCGCUUUGCGCGCUGGUUUCGGCGACGAAACUCGGAACAAUGA